GCUCAGUUGAAAUAUAAACAAUGACGCGAACGUUUGUCGUUGAAAUUGUCUUUUCCCUUCUUAUCAUAGGAGCAUUAGCUAAUUAUGACAUAGGUUGGCUUAAUUCGAAGAGCAAUUGGAACGAAGAUACGGACGAAGCGAGAGUGAAAUUUGGAAUUCUUCGAGGUCAUCUUACUGAAAGGACUAAAUUAGUCUGUUAUGUUACAAGCCCCCAAUUUAAACUUGGGGAAAAACCUCAACGAUUUCUUCUUACUUUAAGUCGUAGCGAGAUAACCUACGAAUACGAUUUAAAGCGAGCCCUGACGAAUCGUAUAAUGUUAAUCCUCUCAUGCACUGAAAACGGACGUCUUUUAAUUAUGCCUAAGAGAGAGCAUGUUUUAAGUAUCGUUGGACGUGAUGAGAGUGAAACCCAUUUAAUUCAAAGUGUAAUCGACAUUAAUAAUAAAAUUCAAAAACUCUGCUAUGAUAUAAGCAUGCCUCUUGGUGGAAAGUUAAAAAUAUUCCACGAUUCAAUUUCCGCAUUAACCGUUUGGUUAACAACUGCCGAUAGCUUUCUUGUUGAAGAGAUUGAAAUUUAUUCAAAAGAUGGAAGACUAUUGUACGUUAGAAAGGAUUCUGUGGAAACUGCAGGAGGAGACGGACUUAAACAAUGGCUAGGCGACGAAAGCUGGUGGUUUACUAAUGGCCAAAAAAAUGGUUUAACAUUAGAACUCAGAGAUAAUACAAUAUUAGGAAGAUAUCAGAAAGAACUCAGAUCAGUCGAUUUUCGAAUAGUGAAAAGAAGAGGUUAUUUAUCUUUCUAUGUGGACGCUGUAGACAAUUCGUACGAAAUGGACAAAUAUACUGACGGUAUUAUUGGGGCAGUCGCGAAUACUGAAUAUAAAUUCUACAACUCACUCGAUGGUAAUAAAGAAAAUGUAGCCGCAAAAGUGAAUAGUAGGCUUGUUGCCGGUUUAAGAAAGAAGAUCGGUGCAAAGAAAUGUAUUUACUUAAAAAUUAAAGACAUUCUUAUACCGCGUUCUUUAAAAGACUUUUUAUGGAAAUAA